AUGUUAAGAGGGUUUCGUUAUCAAGUUACAAGUGUUAAGAAUCCCUUGGCAGCGUUGUCUGUUCUUCGGGCAAAUCCAGACAAUAUUGACCUAGUGGUCACAGAUCUUCAUAUGCCAGAAAUGAAUGGGAUCGAGCUCCAAAAACAAAUCAAACGGGAAUUCAGAAAACUCCCCGUUAUCAUAAUGUCCUCCGAUGACAGUGAACGUGUGAUGCUGGAUAGCUUAGUGGGAGGAGCUGUGUUUUUCAUAGUAAAACCUGUGAGCCCCGAUGUCUCAAGGAUGUAUGGCAGUAUGCCGUUGUUGGCAAGAAAGGUAAAUCCCUGGCUAUCGAGAAAUCGAAGGAGACUCUUUGUCAUCGUCGGUCGAAAACUAUGCAUCGGCAACAUGAGACGAUUGUCAUCUCCUGUGAAUAAUGAAAGGGAUGAUGGUCAAAGAGGUUCCAAAAGAAAGGAACCGGGGAAGGACAAGAAUGGAAAAGAUGAAGACAAUAACCCUAAACUCAAGCCAAAGAAGGCCAGGAAGGCUAAGAAGUAUCGCCUCUUCUUAAAGCGAAUCGCAGAAAGGGGUUGUUUUCAAUCAAAGGCCAUGUUCGACAGGUUCCUCAAGUCUACUUUCGCAGCUGGCCAUCCACUGUUGAUGAAAACAGCUCAAGAAUACGCUCGACUGCAAGAACUGCAACGAUUGAGGGGCUUAACAUCCUAUCCUGGCUAUGGAGGGAAUUAUUCGCCUCAUAAUACUACUAGGUAUGGAACCUUCGGCUAUGGUAAUCAUGGUGCUUCAAGCAGCAACAGGGUUCAGCCAUAUGGCGGUGGACAAUCCCGUUUACUGUCCCACCAAGCUAACAAGCCACUGCUCUCUGGGAACCUGAUGAAUCCGACCUAUCUGGGUAAUCGACCGGGAUUAUCUGGUGGCCUGAUGAACUCUUCUAACUCGUUGCCAUCGUACCCGCAGCAGAUUCAACCAAGGUCUGGCUUUUACGAUGCUGGUUCCUCAUCCCAGUUCAGGUUUGGUUCACCUGGUCUUCGCUCUCCGAGUUCGACAUUCGGAACCAACGGGAUCUUCGGAAGCAUGAGCGGUUCCCAGUCCUGCUCUAGUCUGAAUCCCGAUUACGACGGCAAUAAUACUAGCUACGCUGGGAGUAGCUUGAAUGCUGAUGAACUUAACGGUGGCUAUGAUUCAAUGACUGGUGUUUUCAAUGAGAACAUGAAUGUUGCAUCCAUGGGGAAUCAAACUUUUGAUUAUCUGGCUCCAGGAGUGUUAUCUUCGCCGGUAUUACAUGAAACAAACCAAGUUCCACCAGGGUCUACUGCGUCGAAGCAACAAGCAAACACGAUGCUGCCGGGUCUCGACUAUCCAGGAGUGACCGAUUAUAAUUCUGACGAGCUGCUGAAUAAUGGUUUUGAUCUGCAACUUGACGAUGCUUACCUCAACGAACUCAGCGACCUCAUCCUUGGGUCCAAGAAGUAUCAAUCGUCUAAUCAGCAACAAGCUGGUUCUGGCAGCGGCGGUGGCGACGACAAUCCGGAGUUUUCUUUCGGCUCAUUGUACCCGGAAAUCUACCCCUCACUGGAUGAACUUCUGAACUCCGACAUUGACGAGUCCCUGGAAGAUAACGCUCCUUGGAAUGAACAAGGUGUUAGCCAGAUUCAAAGUGCUCUUGAAGAGUUGAUCAACACCGAUACUGCUGCUGCUGCUGGCGAUGCAAACCCUUCCAAUGAAUCUGGAAACACUAAUCAGCAACAAACCCAGGUAGAGGAACAACCGAUUGACCCUGACUUACUCAGCAGCUUAUUCCAAGUGAACGAUGAUGCCCUAACUGCUGAAGAUAACUCAUCAAAUGAUCAGGUUUCCCAAGAAGAUGAGUUCCUAGCUUCCUUGUUCAACUUCGGCAAUCUGUUCGAUUGA